AUGCCCCAAAUGGGUAUUCAGCCCGUGCCUUUAGAAUCAAUUAUUCUCCCUUCAGGCACUAUGGGAUUGAUCCUUGGGUGAGGCUCCCUUGUAGCACGGGGGCUCAUAGUACAUCCAGGAAUUGUGGAUGAUGCCCACACCCCUGAGAUACAGGCACUAUGCUCAAGCCCUACCGGGGUUUUCUCCAUCAGUCAGGGAGACAGGAUUGCACAAUUGCUGCUCCUACCUCAUGAUAACCAACAUGGGCCCAUUGAUGGUGUCCCAAAACAAAUGGGGUCCUCAGGAACAGGCUCUGCCUAUUUGGUCAUGUCUUUAAAUAGUAGGCCAAAAUCUACACUUUGGAUAAAUGAAAAGAAAUUUGAAGGCGUUUUGGACACGGGGGCUGAUAAGAGCAUUGUCUCCACCUACUGGUGGCCGAAGACAUGGCCAAUGGUGGAAUCGUCACACUCUUUACAGGGUCUUGGCUAUAAGUCCUGCCCCACUAUCAGUGCCGCCCCCCUUAGCUGGAGAACCCAGGAGGGUCAAAAAGGGCAAUUUACUCCUUAUGUAUUACCGAUGCCUGUGAAUCUAUGGGGACGAGAUGUCAUGCAAGACAUGGGACUGAUGCUGACAAACGAAUAUUCACCACAGACUCAGGGGAUCAUGGGCAAGAUGGGAUAUCGGCAGGGCAACGGUUUGGGCCGCUAUGAACAGGGGCGCCUUGAGCCCGUUGCUCCUAACCCCAAUAGAAAUAGACAGGGUCUGGGUUUUUCCUAG